UUGUUUGAGCAGUUGGAAGCCGGAGGGGAAGGCAGGCAGGCGGACGGGCGGGCAGGGCAGGGUAUGGAGCUGCGCGAACCGAGGGGCCCCUCAGCUGUUGCGCCGCCGACCAGAGCAGCGCCGUCUCGAUCCUCCUCUGCAGUUUUAGGCUUGGAAUAUUAAAAGGCCAAAAGAAGUUUGAGGACUUCCUGAGGGACUACAGAAAUAUUCUUUGAUCUACGUGUGAUCCAAGUUCACACUUCUCACAAAAAUGCCUAUAUUGAAGCAGCUGGUGACAAACUCUGCUAAUCCUAAACGCCGGUCUCGGGCUGAUCUGACAACUGAGAUGAUCAGCGCUCCUCUUGGCGAUUUCCGUCACACCAUGCAUGUGGGUCGGGCUGGGGAUGCCUUUGGAGAUACCUCCUUCCUCACUAGCAAGGGUGGGGAGGGAGAACAGGAAGCUACGGAGGAGACCGGUUCCUUCUCGAAGCCUGGCCUGCUCUCACGGAGGUUUCGCAGCAGCAAGCGGUCUCAUUCUGUGACACGUGGUGACCGGCGGGACAUGCUGGGCUCUCUGAGGGAUUCAGCAAUUUUUGUGAAGAAUGCAGUAUCCCUACCGCAACUCACGGAGAAGGAAGCAGAUAAGAGUGGCAGGAAGCAGCUACCUAAGAGCCUCUCCUCCAGCCCUGUGAAGAAAGGCCCCGAGGAGAACAUCCUCGAAGAGAAACACACAAAUGGUGCUGCUGAAGUCCUCAACUCUAAACCCUACAGUCCUGGCUUGGAAGAGCGUGAUUUUGGGGAUGUGACUGAUUUGCCUUUAGUCAUCCCCAAGGACAGCUACGGCAUGAAGCAUGCCGAGUCGAUCCUUUCUUUUCAUAUUGAUCUGGGACCUUCCAUGUUAGGGGACGUCUUGAGCAUUAUGGAUAAGGACUUGUGGGAACAAGAGGACUCUGGUUAUCAUGGAGCGGAGGAUCCCCAAAGGGAAGCUGGCCCAACAGAGACAUCAGCAGCCCGGUGGUUUAGCCACGAAAGCAAACUUGUCUUGGAUUCUGUGAUUCAAAACGAUGGCCACCGAGUAGUCACUUACAGUCCUGGAUCGGCUCGCAGCGUCACCAGUCGUACGACAAUAGACAGCAGUUCGGUCUCCAGCUGUGUGUCCAUGGGGGAGGAACAGCGAAGCUUAGCCUCUAAAGGACCCAGCCACAGCCUUCCGAGUAAUGGGAGGCAUAACCUUGUGAAACAGCCAGAGAAAGAGUUCUCUUUCAUGGAUGAGGAAGAUGAUGAGAUAAGAGUAUAAAAAAGCCGUAUACUCCCUUUGAGUUGAAGGAGAAAAUGCAGUUGAAUCUGGAAUAAACAGCACGAUACGAAGAGGAAAAAAAAGUGUUAAAUGCUUUUGCCAGCCUUCUUAGGCUGCAGAUUUCAUCAUUAUUUUCUUAAACAGGCUGCUGGAAAGUUGUUGGGUUUUUUUCUUCCCCAUUUGGGGUUAUUUGCAAGGGUCAAGCUGGAAAUCACAUAUAAAUGGUGUUCUGUAUAUUUAAAAUAAUUUAUUCCUAUGUUCAUAGGGAUGCCUAAAGUAGGUUGCUAGGAGAUAUUUGGAAAAAAAUGUUUCCAAGCAGAAAUCUGACAUAUUCAAACUUUUUUUUGAAAAGGGUAGCUCUUGGUUAACUUAUCUACUUGCCUGUUUAAAGCAAUACAGAGCUGAAUAUUAGGACAAAGCUCAAAAGCACUAGUUUCUCUAUUAAUACACACAUAUAUAUAUAUAUAUAUACACACACACACACACAUAUAUAUAUAUAUAUAUAUAUAUAUAUCCUUUACCUUUAUACUAGUGCUUGUAAGAUUUUUUUUUCUUUUGUAUUUCCAAGGAGAAUUCUUUUCUGGACCUUGCGGUAGUCUGCAGGUUGUUAUAUGUUUGCAGAAAGGGAAUAAAAACAGGAGUUUGAAAUAACCAAAUCUUUCAGAUCUACACAUUUGGAUGCUAAAUAAUUUUCUUCUUGUGGGCAUACCUCUGGAAGUAUUUAUCACCUUUGGAAAUCUCAUUGUAUUUCUUUUUUUAAAAAAUCAUAUGGCAGAAGUUUUUGGAAAACAGAUUGAGAAGAACUACACCUCUUAUAUCUGCCAUCUACAGCAGGAUCUUCUCUUAGUUCUUGAGGGAACCAGAGAUGGAAAGAAUAAAAAUGAUAACCUAGCUUGAAACAGACUUCCCCAUUUCUAAAAUUUGUCACCCAUUUAGAGUGACCAUGUGGCUCUUUCUAGGAAAGCAAUCUUGGAGAUGCAUAAAGCUGCUGAGGGAAGAAUAUCCAACAAGGUUGGUCAGCCUGGCUACCCAUUACUUAUUAACUUAUUUUCCUCUUCAGGAUUUUCCUUUGGGUAAGCAGACAGGAUGUCCUAAAAACUGUCUUAUUUCAUUAGAUCAAUCCUUGGGGAUACGGGGACGGGAGAUAGACAAUUGGGUGAAUGCUACUGACUUGCAUGCCUUCAGAUGUAAAUGUAAGUCCCCCAAGUAACCUAACCAGAUAGGGCUUCAUUCUUUCUUAGUUUUUAUUUCUUUAGAAUGUAUCAGCAGAGCUGACCGAAGCACAAAAAAGCUUAGCAUUUGUCAUUCCAGGAACAAUGGAGAAGGGCAGUGCUGAGUUCCUUUCCUUUGAAACUGUUUUCAGUUAACUACCUUCCCAGCAUCUUUAGGAGGUGCUCCUAACAUUCCUGUCUCAAAGAUGGAUUUUAUUUAGGGCUGGUGGGUGGGGGUAUUUUUUUUUGUUGGCAUUUACAUUUUGCUGGGCAUUAAACACUAAAUUGCUUUCUUAUUUUUUUAGAUUUAUAUAUAUAUAUAUCCUAUAUAUAUAUGCUAUGUAUUAGAUUGGCCCAGUCCUGUCAGAGAAGGAGUAUUCCUUGGUUGUGACUUUCUUGUGUAUGUACAUGGUAUUUGUUCCAUGCAUCUGAUGGAGGAUUUAAAAAAAACAAAAAACAAAACAGAAAUGUUUGUUUUCAAAUGCAAGGAAAUUAAACUAUAGUGAGGAAAACAAUCA